AUGUCCACCAGAUGCAAAAACCAGACCUUGUUUUUAUUUUUUGUUGUUGUUAGCAUCGGCCCCGUGUGUCAUCAAACUGCUCUCGCGCCUUCUAUUGCGGUCACCAUUAUCCAAAGACGUAACAAAACAUUCGUUUACCCGAUGCUGCCUCAAUCGCACUUUCCAUCCCACCGUAAUCACCAUAUCGGUACCAUAUCGGUACCAUAUCGGUACCAUGUCUUCCACUCCCACUCUCACCCACACACCAACUCAAGCCCGCCCCACACCUUCUCCACCACCAAUGACAUGCUCCGAUAUCCCGGGCCAGUUGCCUGCACGGCCUUCGCUUUUUUUCGCGUCUUAUUGACGGCCCCCAUUCCCGCUUCCCGCCAUUGCCUUUUGGUUUCCGAGUUGGCCUUGCCGCCGGCCUCGGCCUUAAUAAUAGUGCGGGCGAAAUUAAUAAAUCUAAGAAUGUCUGAAGAGAACCAUCCCCCCUCAUCCCCGCCUCUUGUUAGACUACUUUCACAUGUCACCUCGAGCCCUUGUUUAACCACUAGUGCGGAAAUCGGAGAUGAGGUCUGUGUUCUGUGGCCCAGGCCCUACUCGAUUCAGCGAGAGGUGUACCGCAACUCCCCUGAGGAGACACGGGGGCAUGCACGAUCCGAAUCUAAAUCUUUUGAACAGCAGUGCUUUGUAGCGCCAUAUUCCGCACGAUGA